CCUCAGCAGACUAAGCACAACAAGGCCGACAUGACCUGGCAACGGACUAUCGCAACGGCGAACACAGAUCACAGGCAACCGAACGGAUAAAGGUAGAGAAGUGUGAGAUUAAGCUCUCUUCAAAUCAUUAAACCCGAGCGUGAGGAGGAAGACGACAAAAAAGCUCCCAAAAUGCUGCUUCUUUUCUCCCAUUUCAAAACUACUAUCCCUUCAGCUCAGUGCUACCACCAUUGCUGAAUAGAUUUGGUACAUAAAAGCUGAGAGGAAGACGCAGGAGAAGCAAAGAUGUCAUUUUGGGAUGCUUCCUUCCUCACAAAACAAACGCCCAUCUUCGAUCUCCAUCUCUGGGUAAUCAUCGCCAUCUCCGUAGGCGCUGCCAUUGUCAUCAUCCUCUUCCUCCUCUCCCUCUUCCUCACAUUCCGUCGCUCUUUCCAUAAACCCCUCAAAUCCCGCCUCCAAAACAUCAGUCCUCCCAUCUCCAAAGAAAUCCUCGAAAUCGCGCGCCACAAUUCCCAGAACUCCCUCACCGAGAUUCAUGUCAAAGAUCACCGCGUCGAUUUAUCUGACCAUCUGCGGCGGCCACCGUCGCCAUCGACGGCGAGUGGGGAGAGCCGGAGCGCCACUUCCGAUGUGAUGAUUUCGCCUAAAAUGGUUGGGGGGCUGCCGGAGGUUUCGCAUCUGGGAUGGGGCCAUUGGUAUACGCUUCGGGAGUUGGAGGAAGCAACCGGACGGUUCUGCGAUGAGAAUGUGAUAGGAGAGGGAGGGUAUGGCAUUGUCUACCGUGGGGUUUUGGCUGAUAACACUGUUGUUGCCGUCAAGAAUCUUCUGAACAACAGGGGCCAAGCUGAAAAGGAGUUCAGAGUAGAGGUUGAAGCAAUUGGGCGCGUUAGGCAUAAAAAUCUGGUCAGAUUGCUUGGCUACUGCGCUGAAGGAGCCCAUAGGAUGCUGGUUUAUGAGUAUGUAAACAAUGGUAAUUUGGAUCAGUGGCUUCAUGGGGAUUUGGGGGAUGUGAGUCUAUUGACCUGGGAAAUCAGGAUGAACAUAAUCCUUGGAACUGCUAAAGGCUUGGCAUACCUUCAUGAAGGUCUAGAACCAAAAGUUGUUCACAGAGAUGUGAAAUCUAGCAACAUAUUGCUCGACCGACAGUGGAACUCUAAAGUAUCCGACUUCGGUCUUGCCAAGCUUUUGUGCUCAGAGAGGAGUUAUGUGACGACGCGAGUGAUGGGGACAUUUGGCUAUGUGGCACCUGAAUAUGCCAGUACUGGAAUGUUGAAUGAGAGAAGUGAUGUGUACAGCUUUGGGGUUUUGAUCAUGGAGAUCAUAUCAGGAAGAACUCCCGCUGAUUACUCGAGGCCUCCUGGAGAGGUCAGUUUGGUUGAGUGGUUGAAAAUUUUGGUUGGAGAACGAAGAUCGGAGGAGGUCAUCGAUCCUAGGAUAUUGGAGAAGCCUCCUUCCAAAUCACUCAAACGGGCACUUCUAGUUGCCCUACGUUGUGUUGAUCCUGAUGCAGUCAAAAGACCAAGAAUGGGGCAUGUAAUCCACAUGCUUGAAAUGGAGGAGCUAUUUAGAGAGGAUCGAAAGUCCAUUCUCUGACGACAAAAUACAAAAGAAUAUGGAAGUUGAGCAGGCCUGAAGAUCAAACCAGGUGGAGCUAACAAAUUAGGUAUUGUUAGGUUAAGGAGAUUUUUCUUAUGGUUGUAUUUGGACAUAUCAAAAUUAGUUCAUUGUUGGCUUUUUGACCCUGGUUUUUUCCUCUGUCUCUUUGAGGUAAGGAUCCAUUAGAGGAAUCAUUCAUUUUGUUUUAAUUGUAGCAUAGCAAAAACUUCUUUUAAUUUGUUAAUGCUCAAGUCAAAUAUUUU